AUGGAGAAGAACGGUAACGGAAUAUACAGGAGGAUAGUUUCGACCCUGUUCUUCCAUUGCAAGCACGACCCGCCUUGUCGGUGUAAGGUGAAAGAUAACCUUCAGAACCACGUCUACUUCCAGGGAGACGUGGCGUUUGUCGUAGAAGGUAUGAAAGACCUCGCCAGGGAUGACAAGACCAAGUUCCUUAAGCAAAGGAAACAACUGGUCGUGGAGGUCGCGUCGACGGUCAAGCCAAUGAUAGACUGGAUGCGGAAAGACGCCUUUUCUAGGUUAAUGGCCUCGGAUAGUUGGUCAGGGCCGUUUUCAGCUAGGCUCAAGUCGGCGUACAACUCCUUCAGGAACGCGAUACCUUCAAAGCUCCCUGGUUCAUUCCAGGCACUAGAAGAGCUGGACGUAUACCAGACCCACUUCAGAGCAUUACUGGCGUCGGAUACACCGGUACCGGUGCCUCUCUAUCCCGGUGCCACGACGUGCCCAUUCUCCGAAGCUUUCUUCGGGUCUAUCGUCCUGGACAUGACCCCGGGAUCCUCAGACGCACUCUACGACUUGCUCUGCCAAGCGCGACCAGAAUACCGCUCCCAACCCAAGCACACCGUCUUGUUUCGCGCUUCGACGUUGUUCUCCUGCGACAACGAUCGCUAUGGGUGUUGCGGUCUUUUCAAGCGCGCGGGUCUGUUUCCUUACCCCGAAAUUGAACGUCGGGCGCAGUCGCCGAAGGUGGAGAGUCGGUUUAUUGACGGGCUGAAGAUGUCCUGGAGGCCUUUGGUUUUGCUAGAGAUGCGUCCAGGGUUGCCAUCCAUUCCGUGGGGAACCGGUGGAUGUGUACGUGUGGCUGGGACGCCAAAGGUACCACUAUGGCGUUCUGUUACACAUAUCGUUUUUGAACAGGACUACUUCAAUAAGAUCCUCAGGGGUGCAGAGAAACGAAAAAUCAAACUGGGAACAAAGCCCAAUAUCCUGAUUAAUGUUCAUGCCAAAGAACGGUACAAGGAUCUCAUCGAAAUCCGCGACGAAGAGUCUUUGAUUACCGCAGAUCUCUUUGAAACGCCUUUCACGUACGGUUGGGGCGACCCUGAUCUCAACUACGACAACGAUCUUCUGUCAUAUUGUGGACCCUGCUAUCGAAUGGGGGGAGUAGAACGAACGUUCCCUAUAAUCGAUGGAUGGUUCACCAUUAGUGACCAUUUGGAACGAAUGCAUGAAGUGGAAGACGGGGAUACAAACGUGGUUCUAUCGCCCCAAGAGCUUGAUGAGCUGAAAGAGCAAGAGGGGCCAAAUCUGCACUCGGAGGACGAGUAG